CACUCAGCGUCCUCUGCGCGCGGGGCACAUACGGAGAGGAAGAUGGAGGAGAAUGUUAUGAAAGACGUCGAGACUGGUAGUGAGGCCGGUGGAGAGGAUGCCUUGGUGGGCAACGUCAACAAGCUGACGGUCACCCCACCAGGGUACCCUGGGGCCCAGCGGAAAGGACACCUGGUCUUCGAUGCUUGCUUCGAGAGCGGUAACCUUGGCCGAGUCGACUACAUCAGUGAGUUUGAGUUUGACCUUUUUAUCCGGCCUGACACCUGCAACCCACGCUUCAGAGUCUGGUUCAACUUCACCGUGGAGAACGUCCGCGAGACACAGUGGACCCAGCCCCAACGCCUGGCCUGA